CGUUGCUCCCAGAUCAAGGCUCGGGUUCGCCCCCCCCCCCCCCCCCACCUCCCUCUCUUCCUCAAGCCCUAACCCAAACCCCGAUUGCGGCCAUGGCUACGCGGGUGCUCUCUCAGAAGGAACAGGACAUACAGAUGAUGCUCGCUGCCGCCGUCCACCUCGGCGCCAGGAACUGCGACUUCCAGAUGGAGCGCUACGUCUACAAGCGACGAAACGACGGUGUCCACAUCAUCAACCUUGGCAAAACUUGGGAGAAGCUUCAGCUAGCUGCUAGGGUCAUAGUUGCGAUUGAGAACCCUCAGGAUAUCAUUGUCCAAUCUGCAAGGCCAUAUGGUCAGAGAGCUGUUUUGAAGUUUGCACAGUACACAGGUGCUCAUCCUAUUGCAGGGAGGCACACACCUGGAACCUUUACCAAUCAGCUUCAGACAUCCUUUAGUGAGCCUCGUCUUCUAAUCCUUACUGAUCCAAGAACUGAUCACCAGCCUAUCAAGGAAUCUGCUCUGGGAAACAUUCCAACAAUUUCCUUCUGUGAUACGGACUCUCCCAUGCGUUAUGUUGACAUCGGAAUCCCUGCAAACAAUAAAGGAAAGCACAGCAUUGGCUGCCUCUUUUGGCUUUUAGCAAGGAUGGUUCUGCAGAUGCGUGGCACUAUUCCUCUUGGGCGUAAAUGGGAAGUAAUGGUUGAUCUGUUCUUCUAUAGAGAUCCUGAGGAGGCCAAGGAACAGGCAGAAGAAGAGGCUCCAGUUGCUCCUGAUUUUGGUGCAGUUCCUGAUUAUGGUGCUAUGGUACCAAAUGAUCAAUGGACCACAGAACAGUGGAUGCCUGAAGUGGGAGCUGUACCUGCUGCUGUGCCUCCAGUUGCUGGGGUUGAGUGGACUGCUGGUCAAGCACCUGUAGCUGCAGAUGGAUGGGAUGCAGCUGCAGCUCCAGCUCCAGUUCCACCUCCACCGGUGGAUGUUGUUGCUGCUCCUGCUGGUGUUCCAUCUGGUUGGGAGGCUGAUCAACCUACUACUGCUCCCUCAGGUUGGGAGUAACGGAAGGCCAAUAUGCCUGUGUCAACUCACGAGUGCGUGGAUUAGUUUUUAUCUAGGCAGCACAUUGGUGCUUCUAUCAUGCUUUUGUUUACUAUCUGACUAUUUAGCUCUGAAACUAGUCCUAUCCGCCUAUUAUUUUUCUCGUUUUUGUUCUUUUGCCUUGAUGUCUUAGAACCAUGACUAUAAAUUUGAUGCAUUACCUCAUUUUCAUCUUUAUCUUCUA